AUGAAAUUAUUAAUGAUAACACUCUGUUCGAUUUGGAACAGACUUUUUCUUUGCAAACUGCUGUUGUAUGCAAUGGAACAAGUUGCCUCAAGCUUUUUGUUUGACUGCUCUUCCAAAGCUGCACUAGAUUCUAUUCAAAAUGUUUCACUGUCGCAACAAAAGUUGAAGAAAAAUUUACCUGAAAGUUAG